UCUAUGGCCGGGCGGGGCCGCGCGCUCAGAGCGGGGCGGGCGCGCGCCGGGGGCGAGGCGCGAUGGAGAGGCCGCGGAGGGCGGUGGUGGUCACCGGGUUUGGGCCGUUCGGAGAGCACGCUGUUAACGCCAGUUGGGUUGCAGUCCAGGAACUGGAGAAGCUUGGGCUGCGAGAUGACGUAGAUCUGCACGUAUACGAAGUCCCAGUUGAAUACCAGACAGUGCAAAGACUAAUUCCUGCCUUAUGGAAAAAGCACAGUCCGCAACUGGUGGUUCACGUGGGUGUCUCGGGGAUGGCCACCACUGUCACGCUGGAGAAGUGUGGCCAUAACGUGGGCUACAAAGGCUUGGACAACUGCCGCUUCUGCCCGGGCUCUCAGUGCUGCGUGGAAGGUGGCCCGGAGUGCAUCGAUUCCAUCAUCGACAUGGACACGGUUUGCAAGAGAGUCUCAGCACUGGGGCUGGACGUCACGGUCACUAUAUCGAAGGAUGCUGGCAGGUACCUCUGUGACUUCACUUACUACACUUCCUUGUACCAGAGCCGUGGGAGGUCAGCUUUUGUUCAUGUGCCUCCGCUGGGAAAACCAUACACUGCAGAACAGCUGGGUCGGGCCCUACAGGCUAUCAUAGAAGAAAUGCUUGAUGUUUUGGAGCAUUCGGAAGACAAAAUCAAUUGUCAGCAUGAACACUGAAAGGGGGCAGAAGCCCUCCUAGUAUUGCACUUCCAAAACUUCCCCUGCUACAGACGUACUGGGGAAAAUGGUCUGAAACGUACAGAACGAGAAUUGGAGACCUCAAAAAAUGAAAAUUCCACUUCUAGAAAUUGACGUUUUUUUUGUCAAAUGUGCACAUUUCAGCCUAGGCGACGAAGGAUUCGAGAUCUCUUCUUUAAAACACCUGCGACCACUCAUUCCUGAAGUGUGUGUGUGCGCUGUGCUUUAUCCAGAGCUUGUCUGUUGGUCCAGUGACAGCUCCCGACCAGUCUCAUGCUGUGCAGAGGGAAAGUUUCUCACCUGGACUUGGCGUUCGGGUGCAGGGAAUUAAUAACUCCGUCCUCUGAUGACUAGUUCUUAAGUCGAAAGCUUUGCUUUCAUUUUGCUUUGUUUUUUUUUUCCCUCUUUGGCCCGAAUUAUAGGUUCUGAUGUAAGAGUAUAACUGAGGAUGGCAGGAGUGGAGUGGGUUUGCCUGUUGUAAAAGUUUGUUGGAGCUGAGGAGUCUUCAAAAUUGCUUUUGAAAUUGAAAGCGCAUUUUAGUUGCUGAUCUCUCGUCCUGCUUCUCCAAGUAUUAGUCGGGUCCUCGUUGAUGUGCUGGUUAACUGCUAGCUGCAGAUAGCAGGGGGGUGGUUUGGGCUCCUUUUGUUGCAGGAGAUCGCUGGUUUUAGAUACCGUACGAACCUACCUUGCGCCAAAUAUUUCCAAAUGUCUUUUUUUAUGAGGCUCUCGAUGCCACCUUCCUCACUCAAAUCAACCAUAUACCUCCUGUACAAAACACAUUGUUUCAUAUGUGUAUAAAGCAAAUCAUUAGCGGUUAAAUAGCUUUGCUAAAGGCCACUUUCUCCACAGGAGAUCUUUAUCGUAGACUCUUGGUGCUAGCUGUUAUUUUUAAGGUGAAGGCUGACUAAUUUAUAACUUCCUUAGCUAUGAACUUUCGUUCUCGUUAAAGGUUAGGCAAAGAGUAAUGUUUAACUUAAAUUCUGAGUUGCCGCCUUGAUUUAUUAUAGGCAUAAAUAUGCGAACGUGUGGAUUCAGAGACGUUCUGCCAAAUGAGAUCUUCUAAAAUCCUAAACCUCCUCCCCCUGUCUGGGAACCAGAGGCAAUGAUUUGAGAACCAGGAAUGCUGCUUAGGGUGAGUGUUCCCGGCUGUUUGUUAGUGCCCCCCUCCCAAUGGGAGGGUACGAAGCACUGCUUCUGGUGGGGGCUUUCCCAGGAAUUCCCUUGGGAAAGCGUACCUGCAGGUUCUGAGCAGGACUUUAAACGUUUCUGACACUUGUCACGUAGGUUUGGUUCCAAAUUACAAGACUCCAGUGAAAGACAGGUGAUGUUAGGUGGGAACAGACCCCAAACUGGUCGUUGAUGGCCAGUAGGUCUUAUCAAGGAGCCAUUUAAAAGAAGAGGUCUGUGAUUUGAUUCUAAUGCUAUUACAGAUAUAUAUAAAUAUAUAUAUAUAUAAAGCAGCUUUUUGAAAUGUUGUAGAAUAUCCUUAUUUUAAUUUUUUUCUAAUUAUGAACGAUUCUGCUAUAGUAUCUCUCAGUGAGAGCUGCCACUAACGUGCUGUUUUCCAGUAGAAGUCUAGUGAUGACAGAGGAAAUGCCACUUCUCCUCGGAAGCCUUGCGCAAGGGCGAAGCCUUCUGCAGUUGCAGUAACUUCGCCAAGGGGAUCUGGGUAUGAAGAUGUUUGGUUUACCGAGGAAAUUCCCUCUGUACUUAGUGUACAGGCUUUCCUGAUCAAAAGAGUUUGCCUUCAAAGUCAAUGUUCUCUUUUGCUUUCGAAGUAGCACUUAUCAGAUCGUCGGCAGGCAGGCAGGCUUUCUGAUUAGUAAUUUAUUAUAUUUAAUAUUUUGUUUAAAUAUUCGUGACUUGACACGGUUUUGCAAAUAGUUGAGCUACUUAUCCCCUCGUAGAGUUCUUCCUUUAUCUGCUAAGAAGUUCUUUGUCUUCGGUGUAUCCUAGCUGCUAAACUUUUAAGAGAUUUGUGUACCUGGCUACGUUCAGCGAUCAAUUUAAGUCAUUUUCAGUGUUGCUAUUUAAUUUCCGUGUGAUGUAGUCGUGGAUGAAAGGGGAGUGGGAGACCGAUGGCUGUGGGAAAUGCCCACGGGGUCGAAGCAGGCGUAGGACCCACAGUGUUCGUGUGUCGAGGCAGGAGGGAUGAUGCAGAUCCCUGCCUGGCCUCGAGCCCUGUCCACAAGCAGAGUCCAUUUGUCCCCUGAGUUUCAGCAUGUUCCUGCUGCUCGUUCAGGCUUCCUUUGGGACCACCUGGGACAUCCCUGCCGGGAGCACGGCGCAGUUCACCCGGGGAUGCUCGUGGUGGGCUUGAGGAAGCUCCGAAACGCACCAGCAGGGAAGGCAGCGGCUGCUUUUGGGGAUGUGGCUCUGCAAAUUAGCUUAAUCAGCCCUUGGGGUAUUUCCUGCUCAGCGUCUGCCCUCUUCCCAGAAGUGUCUCGGGUCCUCUCAGGGGGAAAGCCUUGAGCUGGCUCCUGUGACUUGUGUUUGUCCGAGGCCUGCGGUAGCUGACCUGCUGUGUGCCACUGUGGACAUCUCAUUUUCAGAAAUACUUGGAGCAUUCCUUGCAGCCUUUCCUCCUAACCCAUUUUCGUGAAGCUCCCCCGUGGCCGGGUUCUUAGAAAGCAUAAUUUAUUUUAUAAUCUUCUGGCUUUUUGAGAAGUAGUCCUCAGAGAUCAUGUUUGUAAGGGGUGUCUUGGUGGUAGAGAGAUUUUGUAUAGUGAAACUUUUUAAUGCCAUUAAGCUAAUUUUAUUUAAUCUGCCCUAAAUUAAAUAAUUUUUUUUUGAAAGCUUUUUGUUAAAUCCAUUAAUUCUUGCCACUUUUCGUGUAGGAGCGUAUUUUCUUUGGAAGUAUCACAUAAAAAUGAUGCAGAGCUUCAAAGAGCUGAUGCUUUGUGUACUGCUUACUGUCUGCUUUCUCUUCCAGAUCAUCAAUAAAUAGAAUUUGCUAAUUUGCACUGACUGGGAGACCUGCUGCCGACUACAAAAAGCUUUUGUGCUAGUGAGUAAGCGUAGGAAGUUCAGGUUUAGCGUUAAUUACAGUGCCUGCAAUUUAUAACAUGUGAAAGCUGAUGAAGUUUUAGGGUCCUGUGACUGCAGAAUUGUCUCUGGUGAUGCACGUCACCGAGGAACGGGGGUGAGAAUAUUUUGUGUGUUAAGAGAGAAUUGGGGAGGUUCCAAUGUAUCGGGUCUGAUGUCAUUUUAUCUGCUUGCCAACAGCGUGGAGUAGGAAUUGGCUCGUGUGUUGGUGAGGUUUGGUGAUGACAAUUUACUUGUUUCAGUUCUUAAAUGCUGUGGAGGACUUUGAGGAGCUCCAGAUACCCGGAUACUCCUUUGUCGCUUGGUGAUGUGGUGUCAGGAGAUUCUUCCUUUGAAUUAAACCUGGUAAUCUCUUAUGAGACACUGCAAAAACAGAAAAAAAAAAAGAUCCUGUGAACUUGAAAGCUUCUUUGCCUUGUGGGGAUGUGACUGAAGGCAAACACAGAAGCUGUUCGUAUUUUUGGGGCACCUCUGUGCCAAAAUCCAUAGGAAUCCCACGAAGGAGUUUACGCUUGUUUGGAGUAUUCCCCAAUCUGAUUGCCUCCUCUUAAACGUGGUGGAAGUGGGAAGGGAUGAAAAGGUCAUGAGGAUGGUUAGAGGUGGUGAGAGUGGUUGGGACAUGAUGCAGCCGAGGGCUGCUUGGCUCAGGAGUCCCUCGCGGAGGGACCUGACUGAGGCCGUUCAGAAGUUUAGGGCUUGAUGAACUCUAGCUUGCUCUGCUUUCACCCCAAAGACGAGGCGUCCAGAGUAAAUGUAGCAGGAACGCUGCCUCCUGGCAGAAAUGGGGAAGGCGUUGGUCUGCAGGCAGCCCCGCACCGUGCUGCGGCACUGGGAGCACUGGGACGGCCGCGCUGAACCGGCUCCGUCUUGCGGGGUUGCGCCGAAAUGCGUGGUAAGUCCGGUAGGAAACUGACCUCGUGUUUACUCACCUAGGCUUAGAUGUAGCAUCCAAACUCCGUGCGUCUCUCCUGCUGUUGUGCAGGCGAUAUUUAACCUCCCAGUGCCUCGGUCAGCUGGCAAAAGGGGAUUUGUUGCGGGCCGCUCAUGGCGUGCCAACUGGACAGCACAGACUCCCCGUGUCACUGUUCCUGUUAACGAGAAGUCUGAAAAAGUUAGAAUUACUGAAAUUUCUCCUGGUACUCACAUAAUCUUCAUUUAAUUGUAGUAUUUGUUGACCUCGUGUGCGGUCUUUCCUAGGUGGUGUAGGGAAGGAGUGGCAGGAGGCGCUGCUCAAAAGCAAAAGGAGGAAAACCUGGGGUGAGUUCAGCUGCUGAUCCCCCGCUAACACGAGAGCCUGGAGCAGCUGUCACGACCUGACCGUGGUAUUCCAUGGUUUAAUUAGUCGUGACUUGUGCAUCUUCUUUAAAUUACAGCGUGUUUCUGACUCUAACCACACGGUCUGUGCUCAGACACCGAGCUGCUCUAAAAACGAGCGGUGGUGUUGGACUGGAAACCAGGACGUUUUAGGUGCAGGCAGUACGCUGGUGUGGCGGUGUUUUUGGUUUUUAAUUCUGACUUUCAGAUCUCAUCCUGCAGUGCAGACGUUAAAAUUAUUGCCGAUUUAUUUGUACUCCUAGAGCGUACUUCCACCAAGUAACCUCAUUCCUGUUGUCUACUUGCUUCGAUACGCUAUCCAAUAAUAAUAUUUUGAUGAGAAAUUUCAGAGUUGCAGAGGCUUUUUUCAAGUAUUUUUUGUUGGCUUGGAUAAAAUACCCCUAGUUGCUACUGUAAGUACCCGUCUUAAAAUAACAUAGGUGGAUUUGUCCUUUUUUGCACCAGAAACCCCAAUGUUUUGUGGUAUAAAGUGCACUUUUUCUUAAAACUUGUCUUCAUGUCUGAUUAGUGUCUUAUGUGACUGAAGUGAGAUUCUGCUGAACGAAGCAGAAACGAAGCUGAGGACGUCGUUAAUUCUUCUUUGUAUUAAUUAAAACCCGAGAUCUGCUUCUGGUCCGUCUGCUUUAAGACAAAGUAGGGAACAAAAUGCCUCCCCGUAGGUAGGAAUUAAAUAUAGGAAAUGAAACCGUACACUGCCCUUAAAUGAAACUCCGUGCUACUGAAGUACACGUUCAGGUUUGAUAUUGCACCAGCUUCUUAAAUUGCAAAUGUUUACUUUGAUUAAACAGGGAGUGCCUUGUCCUGUGCUGGGCUCACUUUUGGGAAGCAGAGCGGUGGCGAUGGGGACGGACGAGCCUUUUGCACGUGGGGUGGGUGGAACGAGCGGGCUUCAUCACCGGGAGAAGCUGCUGGGCUCGCUCAGCACCCCCUUUACCCAAGUAUUCAGAACCUGCACUGAAUCGAGCUCCAGGUUUUCAGAAACCCGCUCAGACGCGAGAAAUUAUAAAAAUCAGAGCAUUUGCUACUUAGUUAAUUAGCUUGGCCAAAUUCUUUGAGGUCAUUCUGUCCGUUCUUCGAGGUGACACAUUUCUUCUGGGCUCGGAUGUGCAUGGUCCAGCAUCACUCCUCCUUUCGGGUCCUCUUUUCGGGUCCUCCUUUUGGGUCCUCCUCUCGUUCCUCGUGGUGAACCACGCGGUGUCUGUCUGGGUAUCUCAGGUGUCGCCAAUCUCAUGCUCAUCAGGGCUCUUGGAGCCACAAUUAGGAAUCCGUCGGGGGCUUCUGUUUUUCUCAGUGUGUUCUUGCAGUGCCUUGUAAACCCAAACAAUCUCGUGUGUCACAAAAGGGCUGUGUAAUAAAGAACCCGUAACAGACUUUCGGCUUGCUAUGACUAGACUGGACUUUGUAACUGAAAAUUUAAACUGAUGUUUCAAAGUAAAUAAAGAGUUUAACUCUGAA